AUGGGCAAAGGAACCGACAAGCUUUAUAUCACGCAUUCAGAGUGGUCAUCCUCAGAUGCUUAUUCCCCAAGUGUAGGGGCGAAUGCUUCGUCGCGAAACGGAUCUGGAGCCGCCCCAUUCCGUCGCCUUCCGUUCAACUUUUGCGCUGCCAGUCUCCAACCGUUCAAGAACCCCGUCUGUACCCCCGACGGCACCAUAUUCGACGUCGAGGUCAUUGGCGCAUGGCUGGAGAAGCACCCUAACCAGAACCCUGUCAAUGGCGAACCGCUUCAUAAGAAAGAUUUAAUACGCUUGAACUUUGCGCGCAACGCCAGCUCAGAUUCGCUCGGCGCUGGACUCAGCGAUGGCAAGGGUGACUUGAUCGACCCCGUUACGUACAAGAUAUUCACCGACAAUACUCAUAUUGUUGCCAUCCGACAUGGCACACAUGCAAACGUAUUUGCGUGGGAGACUGUGGAACGCAUGAAUAUAAAGGCCAAGUUGUGGCAGGACCUAGUGGACGACCAGCCCUUUAGCCGCGCCGAUAUAAUUACCUUGCAAGAUCCUCAGAAUGCCGCGAGUCGCAACCUUGAGCAGUUUAAGUACCUCAAGGAUGGAGAAGGAGCGCAACUCACCAAAGAGCAAGAGGAGGAGCGCAAUUCCGGCAACAUAAAUGCCGGAGCAUUGGGGAGUAUGGGUGACAAAGUCUUGAAGGCAAAGGCUGCGGUGGAGAAGGCACGCAAGGCACGGGAAGCCGGCGGAGAUGUGAACAGGAGUUCUGGCGCUUUGGCAAAGUCAUCUACCGCAGCAACAGGCCAUUCAUCUAACCUGGCGUCAUCCCAGCCCGCCAUCAGGGACAAGAAGCUGGCCGCCAACGCAGCUGCAUACACGACAGGGAGAGCAGCCGCGAGUUUCACGAGCACCGGCUUGACGCCAGAAACCAGCGGCGAACGGGCGUUGUUGACAGAAGAAGAGUUCAUGCUCAAGCCGAAAAUGGUCAAAACCAAAGGCUAUGCUCGCAUGGAGACCAACCUGGGCGACUUGACCAUUGAACUGCACACCGACACGGCGCCAAGAGCAGUCUGGAACUUCAUCAAGUUGGCGCAAAAUGGCUACUACAAAGGUGUUGCGUUCCAUCGAAACAUACCCAACUUUAUGAUCCAGGGCGGUGACCCGUCAGGAACUGGCAAAGGCGGCUCAAGCAUCUGGGGCAAGUAUUUCAAUGACGAGUUUGACGGGCCAUUGACACAUAACAGUAGAGGCAUACUUUCCAUGGCUAAUAAAGGAAAAAACACAAACUCCAGCCAAUUCUUCAUCACCUACAAAGCAACACCACAUCUUGACCGGAAACACACUAUAUUUGGACUCGUGGUGGAUGGUAAAAGCGUAUUGACAAAAAUGGAAGCGGCCCAAACAGAUGGGUCCAACAGACCCCUGAACAAGAUAUACAUUAAAGAUAUUGUCGUAUUCGUCGAUCCUUUUCAAGAUUUCCAGUCACAGAAGAAAGAGCAAGAGCGUCAAGAGCAAGAACAGGAGGAAAUCCGCCAGAAGGGCGGCACCGAUGACGACAGGACGACUUGGACGGGAAAGAGGAUAAGGGGGGAUGGGACAAUCGUUUCUGCAGAGGGAAAGGAGACCGUGGGCAAAUAUUUAAGCAAGACGUCUUCUAGUAAUGGAGACGCUGGUGCCGACAAUACCGAUCCAAGCGCGGAGAGAUGGGAAGAGCCGGUGCGGAAGAAGAUGAAGGGAAGUGGAGGCUUCGGUAACUUUGAUAGUUGGUAG